CGUCGGAACGUGGCAAGGCACAAUUUUCUAUCAUCAAAAUAUUCACCCUGACAUCGAUUUUCAAUUCAAAAAAUGGAUUAAACAAUCAGUCAUGAAUGAUUUUUUAUUAUUUGAAUUUUUUACGCGUCAAAAUUGCGUUGUCGCGUUAAUUUUACAUAUCAGAGUCAAUUCAUCAUCAAGAUGAGGACACAACCGGCUGGCAGGGUGGUGCGCCAAAAGAAGCUCAACAGAUCCACCCAUCAACAAAUUUUACGAGAAGAUCAAAUAGAAUCCGCCGAAUAUGAUUCUUUACAAGGUCAAUACAAAGUCGAGACUGGUGUCGAAAAAGCUGAAGAAAAUGUUAGUAUCACGUGCUCAGUUUUACCAUGGUAUCACGUGACGGAAAUAGGCGUUGCUGACUUCUGUGUGUCAAUUAGGAGUACCAUCUUCAAGCUGCUCUGGCAGCCAGUCACUCUUCGGGUGAUAAGGAUGCCCCGCAAGAGAUUCCGGCGCCUCCUGCACAGGAGGGUACCGACAUUGACUAUGAAUCCUUAUACUCGAGGAAAUUUGACAAACCUGCUACCUAUAUUCGCUUUUCGCAGACAGUGGAAGAAUGUACUGGUUGUCAAUAUAACAUGACCACAGAGGAUGAUAUAUUCCUAAAAGAUUAUAAUAAGAAAAAGACUCUUUCAAAUCAACAGCUUUCGGAAGAUGACUUUGAAAAGCUCAUGGAACUUUUCGAAGAAAUUGCUGAUACUCACACCCCUUAUGCCGCUGUGGAUAACACUCUGGUGACCUUUGAGACCAUGAAGGAAGCUAUCAAGGAACGAGGGGAGGAAAAGAUUCCUGGUAAUGUGAAGGAUAUAUAUGAAUAUUGGAAGUCGCGACGGCAAGCAUGUGAAAACCGUGGCAUUCAGCCGAGUUUGAAGUUCGAGACGCACCAGGAUAUUGACGAAGGCGAUCCAUAUGUUUGCUUCCGCCGUCGUGAAGUCAGGGCUACCAGGAAAACCAGAGCACGAGACAUGCAAAUCACAGAUAAAGUUAGGAGAUUGAGAAAGGACAUGGAAGAGGCAAGGCUCCUGAUAAAAAUGGCGACUGAACGAGAGACUAUUAAGAAACAACUCUUGGAAUGCGAACGUUCUGUCUUCGUGUCUCGUAGUGAAAUAAAGAACCUCAAAGUCAAGCUGGGUAUCAAGAGUGAUCCUGAUGACGAACUUCUCAUCAACCAGAAGGUAUGCAUACUCGCAUGCCCUGAAAAAAGCUUGAGCAUCCUACUGACAUUUCAAAGCCACAGAAGAAGAGGACUUUGGACUUCCAAAAUGUGCAACGACCUCCACCCCCACUUCGUAUACCACCUCGUCCUGAUGGUCGCGGAAUUGAAAUGGAUAUGAUAUUAUUGAGUGAUCAGCUGGCCCAAAAAGAGAAUAUGUUGCAAAGAGAAUUGGAGGAAAAAUCCGCACAGCAUGUCAAGUGGAACGAGAACUAUGUCGACUGCACAAGAGAGCCACUUUUACCAGUCGAAGGACAAACUUCGAACACGGGUUUCCGUCCUGCGACAGCCCAAUACAGUCAGUAUCUACUGACACCGCCAUCAUCUGUGACUUCCGAAUCGUUUGAUCAAGCAUCUCCAGUGAGCCAAGAGAAACCGGAUGCGGUAACUGUGCGGUAUAGUACACCCCCAGAAGAGGAAGAUCGUCGUGCGCAGCCAGCAUACCGAAGAAGAAUUGGUCGAGGCGGGCGGCUAUGGAUAGACCGGAGAGGAAUGUCUACAGCGGCCAGUAAAAGCGCGGAGAAGAAGUCUGACCGUUGGAAAUAUGACCAAGAUGACGAUGAUGACGAUGGACAGCCUGUAUAUGAGGUUGACCCGUAUGAUACCAAUCCUCUACGUUUCAGAUCCACGAUACCUCUGUCUGGUCAUUUAUAUCCGGAUGCACAUCGGCAAAGAAUGUUCCAGCAUCAAACGCAAUCGAACAGGGCUGUUACUGGAGGUAGUCCUGGGAACAACCGAGCAAUCGGGCCUCCAAACCAACAUAGUAAUUAGAACUUUUUUCCACGACAACUAAGUUGUCACUUUAUCAGGAGCGGCUUCAUUAAGAAGGCUCCUAUGUAACUCAACUUCUGCAGGGUUUAAACGGGCAAUGGGAGGAAGGGGCGUUACCCAGGCAAAGGGCUAAGCGCUGAUUUGUUGUCAUUAGAAGUUUUGUCCGAAAGUACCCAAGGAAGGUAUCUGGGUGACCUAUUUGUACUUUAGCGCUCAUGAACGAGCAAAAAAAUCAUUAUUAAAUGACGACACAGGUGUCAAACAUGACGCCAAUUAAUAAUCUCCUCCAAAAGCAAUCCAAAGCAAAUGAAAAGCUUCGUGACCUACCAACCAAAGUGUUCUCGGUAUUAACGAGCCAAUGUUCUACCGA